AACAUCCGCUCCCUGAUUCAUCAUUACAUAGUCGCUCAGGAAGAAAGAGAGGAGGCAGGAGUGUGUUCAUACAUCUGCAAUGGCCAUUGAGCUGCGCUCUGGUGUCAAAUAUGGCGUGUUUCUGUCACUUUCAGUGGUGUUGGUGGCGUAUUGGUUGCGCUCGCCGGACAGCUCGGCUCUGGACGACAGACUGGACGCGGUUCUGUCUUCACUGCUGCGCGCCGAGCAGAAAGUGGGCAUGAACGGUGUGUCCAGACCGCGAGUGGCUAUAGGUUUUGGCGGCUGUGUGGAUAUUAUAGUUGAUGGAGUGACACUGCUGAACAAAAUGGGUUUGAAGCCGACAGACCAGCCCCUCCAUCAUGACUACAUUGAGAACGCCGAGCAGCUGGCACAGAGUUUCGCUUACUUUUUCUCCCCCGGAGCUGCAUCAGAGAGGUUUGUGAUGAAUGACACACUCUUCAGUGAGCUGGUAGAGGCUUCUCGAGAGUUACCAGGAAACAGGUGGUCAAUAGGAGGAAAUGCACCUGUCAUGGCCAGCAGGAUGGCGCUGGAAGGAUGUGAUGUGCUUUUAGGGGGCAGUUUCAGCACAGACUUCACAGAUAUCCUCUCACAGCGCAUCACAGUGGCUGGAAACACAGUGGAUGAGCCAGACAUCCACCUGAUCCUGGAGUAUCCCACAGGUGCCACAUGGGGGCCGUACACCUCCCGAAGGGCAAAUAGGUAUAUUGUCCAUAGCGAUGACCAUAAUCCAUAUCUGGACUCCAUGGAGCAAUUUCAGGAGAAGCUGAACAGCUUCAAACCAGAUCUGCUUGUUGUAGGAGGAUUACAGAUGAUGGACAGCUUCCCUUUCAAAAAAGGUGAGCGUGAGGCUCUGCUGGGAAAGCUGGAGAAGAUGUUGUCCUCCGCGUCCCCGCAGACCGCUGUCCAUUUCGAGAUGGCCAGCUUCGUAGAUGAGAGUCUGAUGUCAGAUCUCCUAGAGUUUGUUCUUCCUCACGCCGACUCGUUAGGCAUGAACGAGCAGGAGCUGCCGAACCUCCUGAGCCUUUUCCGCGGCAGCAACUUGACCGUGCUUUCCGACCCCAACCCACGCGUAGCUACAGUGCUGGACCAGAUGCGAGAACUCUACCGCCUGGUAAACCAGCGCCACCAGGAAGCUGGAACAGGUCGGCCGCUCACACGUCUUCACCUCCACACGCUGGCUUUCCAGGCCAUCAUCGUCAAACGUGGCUCCAAGUGGAAGAACACGAUGUCGGCCACAGCCAAAGCAUCUCUGACCGCCAACCGCCAUGUCUGCGGCUCGCCAGACAUCGAUCUCAGUAAAGCGCGACUGAUCAUGGACGAAUCGUUCUCCGUUAGCAGGCAAGAAGGAAGUCCGAGAAUUCCACUCAAGGAAUCUCGACCUAUUUCCUGCUGGGAUGAGGACGGCUAUGAGGUUUGCGUGGCUCCUGUGCUGGUGUGCACUGAGGUGUACCAGACUGCUGGAGGAGGAGACAACAUCUCUGCUGCUGGGCUUGUACUACAGAUCUGAACAGGAGUCGUUUGUUUUUUUUUGUUUUUUUUGUUUUAUUUAAUUUUUUUUGGAAACACAUCGAGACAGAUUGUGUGCAAUACAAACGUUGGGUCCAGCUGAUAUAAAGUUAGGUGAAUCUCACAAAACCUGUCAACAACAUAUCCACAUUAUAUUUCGCCCUUAAAUCACAAGAAACAAAUGAGAGAUUUUGCUUUUAUACAUUUUUUGAAAUUGAUAAUUUUAUAAAUAUUAUUUUCUUAACAAUUAAGCACAUUUUUUAAAUCUAAUUCCCAUUUCUGCGUUGUCUUUGUGCAGAUUUUUAAAUUACAUUUAAAAAUGAAUAACAUUUAAUUACAUUUGAAAAUGUAAUUACAUAAAAUCAUUUUACUACAGUAUUUUUUAUUGUAAUAUAAUAAAAAACACUGUUUUAUAGUAAUGAGAAUAUAAUGAAAAUGCAAUGUCAUGUCAUUACAUACAUGAAAAUGUGCCUAAUUGUCAUGAAAAUAAUGUGUCAAUGCCAUCAUUUAAAAAAAAAAAAAAAAAUUUAAUUACGCAAAAUAUCAUUUUUGAUUUUUUUUGUGUGAAAUAUGAUCUGGAUACUUCAUAAUGAGAUUCACAGUUAUCCCACCUAUAAGUCAUAUGUUUUUGUUUUCUCCUUGUUUUUCUUGACUCCUAUCCAGAACCUUUAUGUCUUAAAAUGGCUUCGUAAUCAUUCACUUCACGCACAUUAAUCAAACGGGGGCCAGUAGUCUUGAAAUAAUAUGCAGAAGAAUUUAUGAGCACCCAGAGCUCAUUAUAUUAUGACUGAAAUCAAUCAAUGCAGAUGAACAGUAGCCUACUAUGUUAAUAUCAAAUGGAAAUGAAGAUAAAUGUAGCAUGACUGAAGUGUUAUGGGGUCCAUAUUUUACCUAACAUCCUAUCCCAACCAUCCUCAUUGGUGGGAUAUUAUUGCUUGCUUGUUUUAUGCUCCACCCACUGAAGUCCGUAGCAGCAUCAUAUUCCACUUUAGCACAAGGGAUUGAGCAGUUACACAUUAUCACAACCAUGGAAACAAUUUGAAUUAAACAACAAACACCUUUUAAUUAAGGGAACAUGGCUUGAUUUUUAACUCUAGAGAAGUGGAAUGUUUUAAGGAUAGUAAUUUUAGCUUGUGUGGGUGUAUCUCAUGAGAGAACGUGUCCCAGUCAUAUUUCACCCCAAAAUAUAAAAGAAAUAUAUGAUAGUGUUCUCAAAUUGAAAAUAAUUGGAAUUACAACUAAAACUCAAGUCAAAAAACUAAAAAGACAAAAAAGGAGAGUUGUGUUAUUUUUGUGCCUUUAGCAUUAUAAUAAUCAAAUGUGUAAUUUUAAUUAAAUUUAUUUUACAGUUUGACAUUUUUCAUGACAUUCACCUUAGUACUUUAGUUAUGUUUGAGUUCGAACGAGGAACUAUUCUUGGCAUUGAUGCAAUAGGAAGCCAAAACCACUUAUUUCCUCAUGUAUUUAUGUAGUGUUUUUACCUCGCAGAGAUAUCAUAUCUGUUAUAAUCCUAGUUUUGGUGUAAUAUAGUGUAAUCAUCUCUUUUAACAGAUUCAGAAACAUCUAAGCAAAUCUGGGCCCUGACUUCCUUGCAGUCACAUCUUCCAUCAGUCACCCUGAGUGCAAAUUAUUACCUACCUCCUGUGCCUAUAAAAAUAUACCCAGCUUAAUUGAUGUCCAUCAAGAUUAUGUUGUAUACCUGCAUUUAUUUAUGCGAUGGGUACAUUAGAGCUCUUGGCUGUGCUAGUGUAACCCGGUAUCAGACAGGAGAUGGAUGUUAAAGAUGUCCCACCCUAUGAGAGAUAUCAGAGUGAGGGCUUUAAAACGCUCGCCAGCUGAUACAUGAAAUAUGUCUCAGGGAUUACAGUAGCCUGGAUGUCUAAGAUCCACAACACUUGAGUUUGAACCAAUUUAUCUGUGACAGAGAGCAGCUGGUGUGAUUCUAGAUGAGAUCUGAGCCUGUAGCAUACUGACCAACUGAAGGUCCGGUCGAUUUGAAGAAUCUUUUGUGUGGAAAAACAGCAAUAGAUGCUUUUGUUGUGAAUGUGAUUCAUGUUUUUAACGUCAUAACGUCAUAAUUCAAGAGGGAUUUAGGUGACUGAUAUUAAGGGUUUAUGCAUGUAUAAAGCAGUUGUAGCAUUGGAAUUGUUUAUUACAGGGUGGUGGAAGAGUAUUGAAUGUUGUGCUGGAAAUGAGUUGUUAUGAAAUGCCUUUAUCUCUUUCUUUCCUUCUUUUGUCUUGUUCCUGUGUGGUCUGUCAGCUGUUCUGAAGGGAAAAGACUCAAUUUUGAAUGACUUUGGAUUUGUGUGUAAUAAAAUAUUACAUUCCAUUUAUGGUA